AAUUGUCGGUAUUCCCCUGUUGUUCAUCCUUUUUAUUUUUUAUUUUUAUUCUCAACAAGCAAAAUGGAGGAAAUUCUGACACCCACGGACCUAAAUUCACAACUCGAAAGCGCAGCCGAGCUGCUUGGUCAGCAAAACGGAUUGAUAGAGGCACGCCAAACACAGCUAAAAGUGCCAACAACCGAUUCCCGAGUACUGGCGCACUACGAAGAGUCCAGUGGUAACGACAACAGCAGCGCCGAUCUGUAUGAAGAAAUUGGGUGCUACACAGGCAUCCACGCACGAGCUACCCCACCUGAAGACAUGCGCAAGGCAGCAAUCGGCAGUGCAUACACAGGAACUACUGCCAAAAUGCUCAGUGACCGUGUCAUGAACUUUCGUGACCUUGGUGUCAGCAUUAUCGAACUGGGGCUCAAACUGCAUAAUGACCGCUCUAGGGCUGAGUCUGAGGGUCCCCUGCCUGGCGUUGUCUUUCGCUCGGCCGAACUGGGGUCUGCCUGCGAAGAAGACGUCAAGACGCUUUUUUCGCGCUUUGGAAUCCGCACGAUCAUUGACUUGCGCUCGGAAAUCGAGGCGCAUGCUAGCGACAUCGUAAUUUACCACUACCCAGUGUCCAUCCAGCCCACCGUCGACCAGAGCCUGGAGAGGUUGAUGAAGUUGCUCACAUUUCAAGUGCACAGUGGAAACAGCGAGUCGGCUGACACGUCUCGCGAGACAACUGACGAGUCGCAAGACAUUUUACCACAAGGAAACGCUUUACAAUGCGCGCAGUCCUUUGGGCUUUCCAAUAAAGUUAUAUCUGCAAGUGGUACUGUCCCGGCAUUCUUGUGCUCCGGUCUCGCGCAGGCGGCCAUUUACUGGGGCAGCCAGGUAUUGCAGCUGCUGCGCUCGUAUUGGGGCCAGAAACCACUUAGUAGCGGCUCAGACGGGAGCAUCGCCGACGAACAAGAACCACUGCUCAAUCGUGCAGAUACCUCAGUGUUACAUAGUAGCGGUUCUGCAAGCUUGGACAGCUCGACCAGCGACAUGGUUGUCACGAACAAGUUUUACGGCAUUCGCCGGCGAUACCGCUGCAACGUCAUUGGCAACAACUACCGAAAUAUGUGCGUUUGGGCCAACACGCCAUGGGUGACACGCAUCAAGGUCAUCAUGCAUUUUGCCACGUUCAACAAAGCCGAAGCCAUCCGCACGAUCGGCCGCGAGGUCCUGACGCCGCGCGGCCUGGCUGGGUCAUACGAGGACUUUGUCGACUACUGCAAAGUUGAACUUGCCGCGGUGCUGCGCAUUUUUGCCGACCCUGCCGCAUAUCCCAUUCUGUUCCACUGCCAGCACGGCAAGGACCGGACUGGUAUUAUUGCCAUGCUGCUGCUGGGAAUCCUAGAUGUCAAUGACGAGAUCAUCGCUGCAGACUACGAGUUGACCCAGAACAACCUUUUGUCUGUGCGCGACCACAUGGUCACGUUUGAUAUGGGUGCUGUCGGCUUGCCGGAGUCCUUUUGCGACUCGCCUGCGCCUGCCAUUCUCAACCUCCUUAGGCACAUCCGCACCAACUACGGCUCGAUGCGCAAGUACCUGCUCUCUGCGGGCUUGCUAGAGCAAGAGAUAAAUUCAAUUGCGUGGUGUCUGCGCGGCAACUUUUUGACUGCCUGAUAUUGCCAUAGAUAUUCACCAUUAACUUAUAUAUCCAUAGAUGAUACCAAUGUGAAACAUUUUUGGCCUCACAUUUUUCAUAUGUCAUAAGAGGUGCAUAAUUGGCGUGGGGAGAAUCGGCAGCGGGAAGAAAGUGAGGGCGUUUGAAAAACAGUAUGCUAAAAAAGGAACAGGAUAUUUACAAAAUACUUCACUGCUAUAACAAUACGAAGCACUUGUGUAUAAAAAGAG